UACUUGUUGUUUUAUCUGUAUAGUGAAGCCACAAGGGACCAGGCCUCUGAAGUUCAUCUGUGAUAAAGCUUCAGCGAUCAGCAGCAAAGAUGUCUUGUGCCAGUUGUCUCAAGUUCCUUAUGUUUUUUUUCAAUGGUAUCAUUUUUCUGGCCGGAGCAGGGAUCCUGGCAGUGGGCAUCUGGGUAAAGGUGGACAGUGGUUCGAUUUUCACUUUUUUGGAGAAGAUCCCGGACGCCCCAUCCGAGCUGGGGCAGGUGCUGAACGUGGGCUACCUGCUCAUAGUCCUGGGGGGCCUGCUGCUUAUCAUUGGCUUUCUGGGCUGUUGCGGGGCCAUGCGGGAGAGCAAAUGCAUGCUGCUGCUGUUCUUCAUUAUAGUGAUGCUAAUCUUGUUGGCUGAAGUUUCAGGAGCCAUAGUGCUGCUGGUGUUCAGACCAUUGGUGGACAGCUUAUUUGUAAAGUUUGGACAUGUAGCAGUUCAAAACAUCAAGACAGACUAUGGGAAGAACUCUGACAUCACAGGACUGUGGGACACCAUUAUGAGCACGUUAAAAUGUUGUGGAUACAACAACUACACAGAUUUCACCAACUCAUCCUACCACCUGGAGAAGGGAUAUCCACCAAUGUGCUGCCAGGAUAGUGGAGCCCCAUGUGGCAACAGCUCGAACAGCACUGGAGUACCAACAGUGCCUGGCUGUUUCUCUAGGAUUAAAGCAUUGAUCGAUGACAACAGUGUGGUUAUUAUUGGAGUGGCUCUGGCAAUAGCAGCUUUGGAGCUGGGAGCUAUGGUUACCUCCAUGAGCCUGUUCUGUAAAAUCAAGUCAGCCUGAAGCAGAUCCUUCUUUCCACCAAAACCUUUUACAAACCAUAAAAACUCAAAAGCCAAUAAAUAGACACAUGCAACUUCUCCAUCAGAAAGUCUUUAAACUUUGGAUACUUUAGGCCUACUGCAAAAUCAUAUCCACUCAGUU